UUUGAAGGUCUCCAUCCUUCAUCUUCAACCAGUGCAGCUGCAUGAAAUCUUUAAUUGGAUGGCGUUGGCCCCGAAUUAGAGGCCAUUCUCAUUCUCACAGGGGCAGUUGGAUGGAAAAGGGUUGGAUGCGAUCCAGUCCCGAUUCCCACGCACCCAAAAGUCCACAGUCGGUGUAUGAGCACUAUAAAAUUAUUGAAAUGGCUCUGCAUUCAAUUGUUCACAAUCCUCCUUUGUUAACAUUUUCGAGUAGAGAAGUGUAGUUUAAAGGUCCGCAUUUGGUGCUCAAAUCUAUUCACUAAUUUUGGCUAGAUUUCAACUCAAAUUAUGUGGCAAGUAUAAUGAAAAGUAUAUGUUCUCAGCAAACAGAUUCUGUUCAAUUUCAGAAAAAUCGAAUACUUCCUUUGACGACAACGCAUCAGUCUUAGUUAAGCAUUUUCAGUUGAAUACACAAACACUCAUUCGAGCAUUUGGCUUUACCCAGUUUUGGAAUAUUUACUAAAUUGCUGUAUCUGUAAAAGCAUGCAAUAUCGAGUGAAUCAUUGUCACAUUGGAACUUGACCAUACUGACCUUUGUCAAAUCAAUAACUAACUUAAGAAAAGGGUAUUCCCAGAUUCGCUCACCGCAUCCAGCAGUUUCGUAUCUGCUAGAAACCUUAUAUACGUUGAGAUAGAUUGCUGAUCGGUGAUAACCCGUCUGGCGAAUGACAACAGCCGGCAGUUUUAGUUGAUCCGCCGGUGAGCGAGCGAGUGUCCAAAUCGAUGCAUGCGAUACAAGUGCCCGCCGGAGGUGCGCUGCCUGCUGCUGCCUCCUACAUUCCCUGCGUGACCUUUGCCCCCGGCCAGAAUGAGUGCGCAGUGGCGGAGCAGCGGAUAGGAACGCUUGUGGCGGAGCGGACAGCCCAGCGGCGCUUCUUCUACGGCAUCGAGGUGAUGGCCAGCGGAGCGGGUGGCCGCCCAACCUGCCUGGACUUCAAUCACUUCCUGCCGCUCCUGCCCACCUUCGUGAGCGUCGUCUGGCUGAGCCAGCGCUACUGGGACGUGGAGCCAGUGGGCCAGGUGGAGAGCCUCCGGCUGGCCCAACACCUGGCCACCCGCAUUCCCGUGCUGCCCCACGUGUCCGCCUAUCGAAUGAGAAGGCAGCGGCUGGAUCAGCUUCUGGCCCUCAACUUCAGCAGUCUGUUGGCAGUGCGAGGGGAUCACGUGCACGAGGAGCAGGAUUUCCUGGUUGGCCACCCCAUGGUCGAGCAUUUGAGACGCCGGCGAGGUGAUAAAAUAUCUGUCUGUGUGCCUGGAUACCCAGAGGGUUACACUAGUUUGGGCGACGUACCCCAAAACUCAACCAAGAACAUGGCGUUUCUGAAGGCAAAGGUUGAUGCGGGAGCGGACUGCAUCAUCACACAAUUAUGCUACCGUCCCGAGGUCAUAGUGCAGUUUGUGAAGGACUGUCGAGCAGCUGGCAUCUCGGUGCCCAUUGUUGUGGGUCUGAUGUCGCACGAAUCCUUUCGCUCCUACUCGAUGAUCGAGCAAAUAGCCGGUGUCCAUCUGCCAGAUGAUUUGCGGGAGGAACUCGAUCAGCUGCACAGUGCCCAUAUGAGGGAUAUGAAGUCUGACCAGGAUCUGAUAAGAAGGUUCUUUGUUAGCCUCACCGUGCGAACCGUUCGUCAUGUCUUGGAGGCCGAUGUGGGGGUCUGGGCCUUCCACUUUUUCACACUCAACCGCUUCAAGUCCGUCCAGGCCGUGCUUCAGGAACUGCGAGAUCUGGAUGUGAUCAAGGACUCUGAAAGGGAUAAGAAGGGCUACGAAGAGUAAAACUAAUAUAAAUAAAUUUGCAAAAUAUUGCGGGCUCUAAUACCUUA